UUGUUGGCGGGAGAAGAGCAAAGUAGAGAAGCGAAACAAACAAAUAUCAUCAUUAACCAUGUUCUCUGCAGGGAAAAGAUCUGGGAAAAAAACAACUCAAAUGGAUCAAAAGUCGUCCACGAAAAAGCAUACCCGAAGCACAAGGAAAGAAAAACCUCUGGUCUCGAAAACCUCACCAACUUCCCACAAAAAAAAGCAGUCUGUUUUGGGCUUCCCUUGCAAGAAACCUGUCCGCCUCAACCCCAUAUUGUUUCCCAAAUCUUGCAGCCAUGCUAAAUACCUGGUUUAUAUCCCAGCUAAAAUCCCUCCAUCUUUGGACUUUCUCCCGCCCGAGAGGAAAUACAUUACCCCUUCUUCUGUAGCCAAGAGUAAAGGCAAAAGAGUUGCUAAGUCUCUGAAGGAUGUUAUUGAAGAUGUCAAAAAAUUACAGGCCAAUAACCAUUCUGAAAAAGCCUCACUCCACGAAGCGGAAGAGGACCAAGAUCAAGACCUGGGCUCUGUUCAAAUUGAAGCUAAUACUCCAAAGGCUGCAGAUUUUAAGAUUCCAGAGAAGUAUUCUGGCUUGGCGGAGUUUUUUGAUGCUAUGGAGGCUGCUAUCAGAUUGCUCCGACUGCGCAAAACAAUCAGCACAUUUGGCAACAUCUGUCCCCAAGUGGAAGCCAUGACACACAGGCAGUUUAUGCAUGCACAUGUGGCACAGAUGAAAUUUAUUUUGCCAGAAGGGCUGUUGCUUGAGAAGAUUCUGGUUCAUGAUGAGAAAACUCUCUGCAUGAAAGCUGACCUAAAAAUCUCUCUCUUGCGUGAUGCAUUAAAUAGUGUCAAAGAGAGACAGGUUUUUGGAUUUGCCUCUAAAGUAAAUACAUCAAAUUUGCGGAAGACAUUUCAUACACGCCUGGUAGAAUUUGUGCAAUCACAUCCUGAGGGUGAUGAUGUUCCAGAAGGAAUGUUGCCAGAACCUUUCAAUAAAAAAUGUCAGCUGACUCCUGCUACUAAUCCUCCUCCAGUGCAUGAGGAGGAUGUAGCUUCUUCUAACAUGUCUUCUCUUUUUCCCAAAAGCUUCCAGUUACAUUUUUCAAAGAGAAUCCUUACAGAACAAUCAUCUCUCAACUUAUCAUGUAUUCUUGAUCAAGACCAAAAUUUGAAGCCUUCUGACAUCCCCAAAGCAGGAAAACCAGAUGGGUUUAAUGCCGCUGUUACCCGCUCUGCUAAUUCUCAUUUUCCUGCAGGAUUUAAGAGUAGCUUUGCAGCCAAAUUUCAUCAAACUGAAGUUUCUGAAAUCAGCAAUGACUUGAAGAAACCUAGCAAGGUCCAUGAGAGAGAAGUAAAAAAUCUAGAUGGUAGGUUGGGUGGAUCAGCUGCUAAGAGUCAUCAGCAGCAGAUGCUUGCAUGCUUGCCCAAACUCUUUAACAUGAUAUGUGAUAUAUUUCAUUCAAGCAAGCGCUCAGUCCUCACACAGGAAGAACUUAUUCACAAAAUAAUAUCAAAUCAUUGUGAUGUUACUGAUAGAAGUGAAGUUGAGGAGCAGCUGCUGCUCCUUCGAGAAUUAGUUCCUGAAUGGAUUUCUGGAAGGACAGCCACUAGUGGUGAUUUUAUUUAUAGCAUAAAAAGUAACAUAGAUUUGCGGACUACUCUUUCAAAACUUGUGCUGUCUACGAAUAACAAAAAUCAAGCUGGAAAGGCCCCUGGAUAAAAUAUAGCCUUUCUGUAAUUUUAAGUAAAUCAAAAUAAAAACAUGGCUCUAUUGGAACAUUCAUUUUUGGUUUUUCCAGCUACUUCUGGAUCUGCUGCUCUAAAUUCAAAAAAUACAUCCAAAAUAUUUUUUAAAAGAAUUUAACAAAAUUCUUUAUUUGUAAUCAAUAGGACAGUUACCAGGGUUUUUAACAAACAUUAAGAUCAGUUCCAGUUAAAAGAAAGUAGAAGUAAAAUAAACCCAAAUGGCUGUAUUUCAUUAUGAAUUCAAUUUGUUUGAUAAUUUGAGCACAAGGGAAAAGCACACCAUCAUCCUAAUAUAAUUUGUAAAUGGCAC